GGAGAAGGCAACUGCAGCUUGAUAUGUGUUCCCAAGCAGCAGAGGAGCCGUCAGCAAGCCGGUCCGACUCACGUUCGUCGUCUUCGGCGCCGCUUCUGGUGCAUCUGCCUUGCCAUCCCGUCCAAAAGAUGCCAUUCGGACAGAAGCAAUACGAAGGUGACAGGAGAUGGCAGCAGCAAGGGCUCAUUCAGCCUGCACAGGGGCGCUCUGCAUGCCAAUGUGCUGUGUUUGCUGCUUGCUGUGUGUGGGCAGAUCUGCAUCGGAUGGGUACGGGCAUUCGUGACAUGCUGAGGAGGCUGAGGAAGGCAGAGGACGACUACAUAGGUAGGUUCCCAAUGCAUUGAAACGGAAUGAAUGCACUGUCUACACGGUUGACUUGUGGGUGUGGGUAUGCAGCCUUUGCUCGGUGUGUCGUCGUCCUCGACGUGCUACUGCUCCUGGCCACGCUGUCCGCUCUCCUCUUGCCGUCACAGGUGAGGCCUGCACAUAGAUAGAGAGGAGGGAAGGCCGCGUUGUCUGCAAUGCCCAUCUGUCUGGCUGGACAAGCAACCACCUGGUGUCUGCCUGUGUACGUGUUAGGUUCGUGAGGUGGUGCUGACGGAGAGUGGAUGGAUGAGUGGCUGGUUCGUCGCGCCCCUGAGCCUUCUGGCCAUCAUCACCUGGGGCAUAUAUUGCACACCGCAAGGCAGAGAAAAGUUCCGCGAAAGGGACAGGUAUAAGUGCGGCAGGGAGGGAAACGACGACACUUGACCAGUGAUGGAUGACCGAGAGAGCUGUGCCCAUCUCUCUCUCUGUCUGUGUGUGGUGUGUAGGUAUCUGAAGAGUCUCAAUCAGUCGCUUGAGCCCUUCAUGCUGUACUACGACGGCAGGUAGGCAAUCCAAUCCACCCAUGCGCAUAAGUAAUCUAUCCAUCGCCUCUUCUCUCUCCCCAAUGUGUCUAUCAAUGUGCUGUAUCUAUCAAUGUGCGUCUGUGGUGCAGUCGCCAUGAGCUGCUGUACCGGCCUGUGUCCCGGCGAAAGUCGCCCAACAGCAAGACGCAAACGGGCGGGGAGAGGGAAGCCGCGGAGCUGAGCCACGUAGUGGGCAGUUCUAAUGACGAGGGAGGGGGAGGGGGAGGGUCAGGUGCCUCUGAUAGUAGCUAGUAGGGACGGGGGCUGCGUUUGUGUGCGCCGAAUCGCGAGAUGCGGCGCGUGUGUACUAGUAUACAGUGACUGAGUGCAGAAACAUUUGAUGCACACCGUCGUGGACAUAUGCAGAGCUUUAAUUGCACGCAGAGAGUCGUGUCAUGUCA